AACUCUAGGGAAUAUCACUAUAGCGUUGAUCACUGCUCCGGCUGCACCCGUAUCCUACCGCUCGGGUGCCCUUUGAACAGCUCAUCCCUAAAACCCCGCCUCUCUCGUCAAAGAGUUUGAUAAACACCAAAUACCACCGAGGUCUGAUAUUCGGCAAGAUAUCCUAACACUUGGUAGCAUCUCCGGCGAGUCAGGGUAACGUCGGUAAAGCUCAUUCUCGGAUUCAAUCACCAGGUCGACACCCUUCUCGAUCAACCGACCCGGCUCCAGUUUCGAAACAGCUUGUUGGAAAGUGCGAUUAUAUAAAGCUUUCUAAUUUCGCCGCCAUUAUGGGUUUCUUUCGGGGUAAACUGACGACGUUUCUCGUGCUCUUCGAAGUCCUCUUCAUCAUCCUCUUCGCCGUGUUGGUCCGAUACGAUGACGUCGCAUCCCCUGGUGCAGCAGACGGGGAGGGAUACUAUUCCGUCGACCGGUACUAUCCAUACUUUCAAGAUGUCCACGUGAUGAUGUUCGUUGGCUUCGGGUUCCUGAUGACAUUCCUGAAGCGGUAUGGUUACAGCAGUAUCGGUAUCAACUUCCUCCUCGCAGCCUUCGUCAUCCAAUGGGCAACCCUCUUCCGCGGGUUCACCGAGCUCGGGCAUAGUGAUGACGGCAAGAUACAUGUUAACAUCCAGUCGAUGCUUUUGGCGGAUUUCACCUCAGCCACAAUCCUGAUUUCGUUUGGUGCUGUGUUGGGCAAGACAUCCCCUCUUCAGCUUAUCCUGAUGGCCUUCUUCGAGGUCAUCUUCUCCCUCGUGAACGAGUUUAUUGCCGUCGAAUAUCUUGGUACUACCGAUAUUGGUGGAUCGAUGUACGUACAUACCUUUGGGGCCUACUUUGGUCUGGCUGUCUCCCUAUUAGUUACUCGCCAAGCUGGUCGUGAAAGCCCGAAAGAGGGAGCCGUUUAUCACAGUGAUCUCUUCGCCAUGAUUGGAACCCUGUUCCUGUGGAUAUUCUGGCCAAGCUUCAACAGCGCCCUCGGCGACGACGACCAGCGCCACCGUGCCGUCCUCAACACCUACUUCUCCCUCGCUGCAUGCUGUGUCACCACGUUCGCCAUCUCCAGUUUGCUCAGCAAGAAAGGAAAGUUCGACAUGGUCCACGUUCAGAAUGCUACUCUAGCCGGAGGUGUUGCCGUUGGAACUGCUGCCAAUUUGAUGAUCCAGCCAUGGGGUGCGAUCCUUAUCGGAGUGGUCGCCGGUGUCCUUUCUACCUUCGGAUACAAGGUCAUCCAGCCGUUCCUCUGUGAGAAGUUUGGUCUCCAUGAUACCUGUGGAGUGCACAACCUCCAUGGCAUGCCCGGUAUCCUAGGCGGACUUGGUGGGAUCGUUGCUUGUGCUCUUGCUUCUGAAGCCGUUUAUGGUAAUAGUCUCCCGGAUGUCUUCGGCGAUCGCUUCGAGGAUCCCCCAGCCGAUUCGACAGCCAUAGCACCUAUCGAGGUCCGCGAUGCUGGUCAACAAGCCCUGAUGCAGCUUGCAGCCUUAGUCAUGACCCUCGCCAUAGCCAUCGUCUCGGGACUCUUCACAGGUCUUAUUCUCCGCUGUGUCCCAGGCCUUGACGCUCUGAGCGAUGAGAAGGUGUUCGAGGAUGAAUAUUUCUGGGAGGAGGUGGAGGCCGCUGAUUCGAGCCAUGCAACAACUGGAUAUCAUAUGGUUCAGCAGAGGGCACCUGCGGAGGUAGAGGCCGAAGAGGGCGCCCCACACCCCGAAACCUACACCAAAAAUGGCAAGCAGGAGGGAGAAGCUCAAGUGUAAACUGUACCUACUUCUUAGUCCACUGAUGUCUUCCUUGGCGAUCAAUGCGGCAUCAUCAUUCCGGAAGACCCAAUGGCGAUAUUGAGUGGGGUUUUUUUCGAUGUUAAUAAUUAAUCCUCAACAGUCACUCCACUUUAAAUAAGUAAUUUUCAAGCCUCUAGAAAGCAUUUUUUUAUUAUUAUUAUUGUUCUGAAAUGAAUACAUCAGAGGAUUAAACUCAAUGAUUAAAAAAAAUUGUUGCUGAAACUAUCGAUGAUUAUGUAGCUUUGGAUUUGCGGUAAAUUUUUUACCGCGUUAGUUGGUACAAAUGUAUCUUGAUGCGCUUAAACGCAUAAACGUAUCGUUAUGCGCUUGCGCAGAACAAAUUAAUCGUCUUAAUUUGUCUAUGGGGCUUGUCAGAUGAACGCAUUGCAGCUGUACGACAUCGCAGUUGUCCAAUAACAGUUGGUCAUUUGCGAGGAGAGGGCAAUAGAUGCACUGGCCGCCAAAUAUAUAUGCCAUAAAUAACGGUUGGCUCUCAUUUUAGUGACAAUUUCUAGAUAUUUAGCCUAGGUAGACAUAGAUCAACAAUUGGGUGUGAUAUUUUGUCUUGAAAUCCGGCUGAUACGAGUUAUAGAUUGGUUUUUCAUAGGAUAAAUAGGUGGUGUGUUUUUUAUCUAUUGCACUUUUGUAUAUAGUUUGCACAAUGUUUUUUUAUUAGUUGUGUAGCCGCACCGACACACCGAUUAGAGUUUUUUAUCAACAAAUGUGCGCGAUGCUCAUUUGCAUAUGAAUUAGAAUCCAUACUUAGAAUAGAUUCACACCUUGUUAUAUUUACCAUUGAGUUUUG